AUGGCACCAAUGACCCAAUCUACCAACAAAACUUCCCUGCGCACUGUGAUCAACCAGGUUACCAAGGAAAAAUUGGCAUGGCUUGACAACCAAAAAUCAUUACUUAACUCCUGCUUCCAACCAAUUUUGGAGAAGUACGAAAAACCAGAAAAUAAGGCUAGCCUUCCAUUUCUCCAAGAAAUUCACGAGAAACUGAAGAACUGUUCAAGUUCCCUGAAUCCAGCCAAAGAUAAAACUAAAGAUCUAACCGUGUUUUUGAACUGGAUAAAGGUAGAAAAUACAGAUGAAGUGAUUUAUUUUGGAAGCAAACAUUUAGUGCGUCAGUGGAUUGAGACUCUCAUCAAAAAAAUAAGGUUUCAAAUUGAAAGAUGUGAGUACUCGUGUCUCUAUGCCAAUGUUAUGACCCAGUACAUGGACUUAAAUGAUGCAGACAGUGACGAGGACACAACUGGGAUGGAGACUCAAGAGAACUCAAAAGAUAAAGAAACAACUAUACAGGAGUUUAGUGCAAGAAUAUUCCAAGCUCCUACAAAUUUUAAAAAAGAAGAGUUUGAGAAAUUUCUUAAUACUGAGCUGUUUAACAUGGAUGAUCCUGUUCACAAAAACUGCUUGCUAAAGACUCGCGAACGCAUGGUUAAGUUUUCCAAGAAUUUCAUACUGGUUAUUCUGUGA